AUGAGCUUCCCUGCCAAAUUCCCCCUGCUCCCGCCCAAGCUCCGAUUCACCACUCAGAUGUGGCAUCCCAACAUUUAUCCGGACGGGACGGUCUGUAUCUCGAUCUUACAUCCGCCUGGGAACGAUGAAUACGGAUACGAGGAUGCGGGAGAACACUGGUUACCGGUGCACACGAUCGAGUCGAUCCUCGUCUCCGUCACCUCCUUGCUUGCCUCCGAAAGCCCUAACACCGAGUCGCCCGCGAACAUCGAUGCCGCCAAGGAACUGCGCGACGAUCCCGCUAGUUACAAGAAAAAAGUCCGACGUCUGGCGCGUAAAUCGGCCGAGGAUUGCUUCGAUUAA